AUGUACCUCCGCACCUCCCUCCUCGCCCUGGCCCUCGCGUCCGCCGCCCUCUCCGCCCCCGUCGACACCGUCGACAAUGGCAACGCCCCAGCCAGCGUGCCCGCUCCCACCGCAGCCCCUGGCCAACCCGGGGAUGUCAGCGCCGCCAGCAUCCCCGGCUUCCCUGGCAUCACAGCCACCGUGACCAUCACCAUCUCGCUGCCCUGCGCCGGUGUCACCGCAACCAUCGGCCCCGCCGACAAGGGCCUCGAGGCUCGCGCCACAGACGCAGUUCCUAGCUCUAGUGCCUCUGCCUCUGUGAUCAAGCCUACCAGCAGCAGCAUCAGAGCCCUGUCUACCUGCGUGGCCUCGCCUUCUUCCACUGGCGCUGUAGUGUUUGGCUGUGCUGACGACGACGACGAUGAUGAUGAUGAUGACGAUGACGACGACGAUGAUGAUACUGACAAUGGGAAUGGGAAUAGGAAUGGCCCCUCAUUCAUCCGGAAGCCCAUUCAAACCACUAUUUCCACUAAGACAUCCGUGACUUCAGUCCCUACUGCUACCUCAACAACCUCACAGAAGACGACUGACUCCGCGGACCCAUCUGCAACUGCUACUGCUACUGCUACUUCUACUCCCGCCAUUCUACUCCCAGCACCAACUGAGACCUCUUUAAAGGGAAGCGAUAGCACUACCACCACUACAGAAGCUACAUCCAAGACUAAGACAGACACCGAUCCAUCAUCUACAUUUCUCACUCUGCCUUCCCCUUCGUCUUCCUCUUCGGCAGCAGACAAGACCACCACCAGCAGCACCACAGAGAACCCAUCCCAAGACCCAUCAACUACAGCUACUGCUACAGCUACAGCUAGUGACUCCACAUCCGCCUCUGAAACCGAAACCAAAACCAAGCAAGCCACCACAAAGUCUUCUCAAGACCCAAGCAUCACGUCUACAUCCACUUCUACAUCCACAACCGAGACCAAGUCCACACCCACAACCACAACCAAGAAAUCCAAGAUCAAGCGCGGAUUCGCAGCAAACGCUACGGGUAUUAUUGAGGUUCCGCCGUUGAAGCCGAAGCCUACUGGUGGUCGUUAA